AAUAAAAUGAACAGCAACAAAGUGUGCUUGCUCGUCGGAGCUACGGGCGUCGGGAAAACGUUGCUCUUAAAACGUCUACUCAAUAUCCUUGUUGCUCGUUCGGGAUACUUCAAAGAUAAGAUAAAGGCUAAAAGAUAAAGGCUUAGCAGCUACUUGCUACUUUGAACGUUUCGCGUAUGCUGGAGUGUGGCAAGAUGAUGAUGAGGAGGAGGAGGACGAGGAGGAGCACGACUACUUGCAGCUAAAAAUACGACAAAUCGGACUAUUAGAAGUUAGUUGUCAAAUGCAAGAUCAUUUUAAUAAGUUGUAUUGUUGCUUUCUUAACCUUUCGUCUACAGAUGAGUUUGCACGGAGCUGUUGACGUGGAUAGCCCUCCACAUACACUGCCAACUUGCUAUAUUUGAACUCUAUGCGGUCUUUCUUUGCCUGCGUAAUGCCCGGGCAGGUGGGCACCAACCUGACGGACUUGACGCUGAGGAGAAAGAAGCUGACCGUGAGGGAGCUGGGAGGCUGCAUGGGCCCGAUCUGGCGCAGUUACUUCAACGAUUGCUCCUCUGUCAUAUUCGUGGUGGACUCGGCCAACAUCGCUCAGGUGUCGUCGUCGUGCAUCCAGCUGCUGACGGUGCUCUCUGCCCAAGCCCUGCGAGACACUUCUGUACUUAUAAUCUUCAACAAGAGGGACACGCCUUGCACGAUGAGCCUGGCGGAGAUCCGGUCGCUGUUCCGACUGGAUGACCUGGUGGCCUGCGCUCCUCAGCCAAUCAGCACGCUGGAAGCGAGCGCCCGCUCCGGAACGGGACUCCGGGAGGUGUUGACGUGGCUGGAGUCCGUCGCCGCCAAGUGACAUUUAGUUGGCGGGAAAAAGGACGCUACGGUGACGUUUGAUUCAAAUAGUGAAGAAAAUGGAGCCGAGGCACUUAUUUAGUCUCUGAAAAAGCGAUGACCAGAAAGUGGAUGAAGAUUGUGGGGCCUUCGCUUGAGGCGAUUCACAACAAAUACAUGAAGGAAACGUUAACGUCGGAGGUGCACACAUUGAAACAAAUUUGUGAACGCUGGCUAGAGUACGUAAGUACCAAUUAGAUCAUACUUUAUUAGAUCAGACCAAUUAGAUCAGACUUGAUUUGAAUUGCACAUCAUGGGGGUGGGGGGUUAUAUCGCUACACAAGUUGAAAUGUUUGUUGUGGUUGUUAUCUUCGUGUGAUUUGAUUUUGCAAAUACUGUACUGUUGACAUGGUAAAACUUGGUUUAAUUGAACUUGUCAAAACGGAUGGCAGAAAGCAAACCAUUGUACAUGGACAACAUUUUAUUGGAGUACAACAAUAUGUACGAUUAUUCAUUGUUUUGAUUUAAAGUAAAAGACAGAGCAAGCGUCAUGUUUAUUUUUUGAGAGCCCGUACCAGGAAAAAGAAACACACAGCCGUUUUUGUACCGUAUGUAUAUGAAAUAGUGAAAAUGUUCAAUAAAAAAUGUUUUUGGGUGAAUAUA